GGAGAGAGCACAUCCAAAAGCCCAAGUUUCGAGUUUUGAAAAUUUUCCAUUUAAUCCCGCAGAAGCAACACCAGCAGCAGCAGCAGCAGCAGCAGCAACGCAACGAACUAAAGGCUAUAGAAUCCGGAGAAUCAGGUGGCGACAUGGGCAGGACACUGGAGAUCACCAGCAUUAAGCUGGACAAGAAUCUGGAGAAGCAGCAGGAGGCUGGCACCGGCGAUGAGGAGAAUGGCGGUGGAGCGGUAAAGCGACGUGGUCACGAGACCAGCGCCUUGGAGGCAGCCACUCAUCUGUUCAAGGGAAGCGUCGGUGCUGGACUCUUUGCCAUGGGAGAUUGCUUCAAGAAUGGAGGAUUGGCUGGUGCCACCAUCCUGCUGCCCAUCAUUGCGGUGAUGUGCGUCCAUUGCGAACGGAUGCUUAUACGGGGCUCUGUUUUAGCCGUGGAACGAACGCCGGGAGUGGAUUUCCUCGAUUAUCCGGAGACAGUGGAAAAGUGCUUCGAAUAUGGACCAAGGCCCUUGAGACGAAUGUCGCGAUUCAUGAAGCUCGUUGUGGAGAUGUUCCUCUGCGUCACCCAGUUUGGAUUCUGUGCCAUUUACUUUGUGUUCAUCACGGAGAAUCUGCAUCAGGUUUUUCACCAGAAUGGCAUUGACAUCAGCAUGAGCAUGGCGAUGCUGAUCACCUUGCUUCCAGCCAUGAUACCUUCGCUGAUGACCAAUUUGAAGUAUAUUUCGCCAGUGUCUGCCUUUGCCAACGUGGCUCUACUCUUUGGCCUGAUCUCCACGUUAACGAUUGCCUUCUCGGAUGGCCCCAUGCCAUCGAUCUCGGAGAGGAAUCUCUUCACCAAUGGAUCCCAGUUGGCGUUGUUCUUUGGCACUGCUCUGUUCUCCUACGAGGGGAUUGCUCUGAUCCUGCCACUGAGGAAUUCGAUGAGGAAACCGGAGGACUUUAGCAGCCGAUUUGGGGUCCUUAACUCUACGAUGUUCUUAACCACGGCCCUGUUUAUCUUCACGGGAUUUGUGAGCUAUGUGCGAUGGGGCGAGGAUGUGGCCGGGAGUAUAACGCUGAAUCUGGUGGUAGAGGAAGUUUUUUCGCAGGUGGUGAAAGUUGUUGCUGCUUUGGGCGUCUUGGGCUAUCCCAUUCAAUUCUUUGUGAUGAUUAAGAUCAUUUGGCCACCACUUAAGAGGAGCAACAAUUGUGCCCAAAAAUAUCCCAUAACCUUGCAAGUGUGCCUGCGAUUUAUAAUGGUGAUGAUGACAUUUGGCGUUGCGCUGGUCGUUCCCAAACUAAAUCUAUUCAUCUCUCUGAUCGGUGCCUUGUGCUCCACCUGUUUGGCCUUUGUGAUCCCGGUGCUGAUCGAUUUCGUGAUCCGUGCUCAGGUGCCCAAAGGAUUGGGAGUGUUUUCUUAUAUCAAAAACAUUGCCAUCCUGACGGUGGCCGUAUUGGGUAUUGUGACCGGAACAUAUCAAUCGAUUGUGGAGAUUGUCAAGGAGUUCAAAUAGGUUUUAGGAUAUAAGUUAUUAUUCCUUUUUUUUUUGUCUGUGUGUAAAUAAUGCUGUCUGUCACCGAAUGCUUACUGUAUGUGAAUGCGUUGCCACGCUCUACUGUUAAUUCUAAGGCUAGUUUGUACUAUAUAUAUAUUGUGUAUUUUUUCAUUCCUACAUAUUUUUUUUU